CAUUAAAAUACAGAAUGUGUCCAAACACACUGGUACAUACUGUAUACUAACAGAGUAAUUGACUUGUUGCCUUAGGUUGCUAUGCGAGCUCUGGGGUUUGAGCCAAAGAAAGAAGAGAUAAAAAAGAUGAUCGCUGAUAUUGAUAAAGAAGGGUCAGGCGUAAUCAGCUUCAAUGAUUUCCUUUCUAUGAUGACACAGAAAAUGAGUGAGAAGGACUCGAAAGAAGAAAUCAUGAAAGCUUUCAGGCUAUUCGACGAUGACUGCACCGGCAAAAUCUCUUUCAAAAAUCUCAAGCGAGUAGCUAAAGAGCUCGGGGAGAACCUCACGGACGAGGAGUUACAGGAAAUGAUCGAUGAGGCCGACAGAGACGGUGACGGAGAGAUUAAUGAGCAGGAGUUUCUGCGGAUAAUGAAAAAGACCAGUCUGUACUGAAUCACUAAAGCUAUUACAUCUAUAAGCCUCUUAAGUGUUGUCUUGUGUUGUUUUUGUUUUUUGUU